AUACACAUCUUCUUUCCGCAACAACCAAAGGCGAAAACGUGAGGGACUCACUUCAAAGGCAAGAAACAGUUUGCAAACGAAGCUCAGCUCCUCACACCACCCACCCCAUCUCACUGCAGAAACCCGUCAUGAACUUCAGCCACCAUUGUCCAUAAAAGGGUCUCACCAACCCCUCAGCUGGGACCCUAAAGCUCUGCUGAUCUUUUCGGGACCGGGCGUGGGUUCAAGGCGCCUUUCUGGCAGGAACCCCGGCUUUCCCAAUAAUCCACCCAGGAGCGCUUGGAAUCCGGAUCUUUUCGAGAGGAGAAAGAGGAGGGGGAACAAGGCGGCGCUCCUGAAAUCCCGGUAGGGAAAAGGCCGACAAAAGGAGAGGAGCGAACCGCCGUCCUUUCUGUGCUGCGGACUGGAGGAUGAGACGUCCCCCAGCUCAAGGGAAGAGGCGGGGAGGGCAAACAGCGCAAGAGGCGGGACAGCGGCCUCGCGGUGGCUUGUAAACAGAUCCGGCGCCUCCACGUGACCGCCUGGCAAGUACCUGUGCGGGAGACUCUGCGGCCGCCAGACUCCUGACAACAAAGCAGAGGCGCGCGGAGGGCGCGCGCGCGCUGCAGCAGCAGCAGCAGCAGCAGGAACAACGGCCGUUGAAGGCACCGGCGGGUCUCUGGCGCCUUUCCACCGCGUCUCUCCGGGUCCUGGCUAGCCUGGCAUCUUUCCUGCUUGGGUUUCCGCCCGCUUGGGUUUCCGAUGCCGGCCGUUAAUAUGGCUGAGGCUGGGCGGUGACUAGGUAGCCGGCAAUCUUGACCGGAACAGAGACUUCCCCGCUUCGCGACGUCCGUGAGAGAAAAGGGAGGCGGGGGGGGAGGCGUCGCGGUGUCGGUCCACCAUGAGCACCUUCGCCUUGGAAGAGACCUUGGAGGCGGACUGGGUGGCCGUGAGGCCUCACGCCUUCCACGAGCGGGAGAAGCAGAAGUUUGUCUUUAUCGUGGCCUGGAAUGAGAUCGAGAGCAAGUUCGCCAUCACCUGCCAUAACCGGACGGCGCAGAGGCAGCGCAGCGGCUCCCGGGAGUUCCGCCGCACUGGCGCGGUGGGCCCCGGGGCGCCCGAGCAGCUAAGCGCCUCCUGUAAAACGGCCGGCAGCCCCACUAUACGAAAACCCCCGGCCCGACGCGCCGCGGAGCCCGUCCAAACCAGGAGCUCGCCGGCAUCGCCUGCCCGGGCUGAGUCGCUUCCGCGCAGCCCGGGCAGCCGAGCGGUUGAGGCGUCGCAGAGGAGCCCGGCGAGGACGAAGAGCAGCCUGGCCCGGAGGCCUCAGCCCGCUCCGAAGGCGCCGCUCAGCCCAGCGGCCUGCGCGGCCGAAGAUCUGGAGGAGCUGGAGCUGGGCAAGGACGAGCCUUCGGGAGGCGCCGCCGUCGCUGCCGCCUUUCUCCUCUCUUCUCCUCCCGCCGGGCCUCAAGCGACCGAGUCGCCCACCGCGGCCUCCGCCGAGGUGGAAGCGCUAUCUGGAGAGGAAUGCAGCUGGGCCGGCCUCUUCUCUUUCCAGGAUUUGCGGGCCGUCCAUCAACAGCUGUGCUCGGUGAACUCCGAGCUGGAGCCCUGUUUGCCCGUCCUUCCCGAGGAACCGUCGGGGAUGUGGACGGUGCUCUUCGGGAUUCCAGAGCUCUCGGAGGAAGAGAUGGAUGUGCUCUGCUGUCAGCUGCAGGUAUACCUGGGCCACUGCCUCGAUACUUGCGGCUGGAAGAUCCUCUCUCAGGUACUCUUUACCGAAACCGACGACCCGGAGGAAUAUUACGAGAGUCUGAGCGAGCUCCGGCAGAAGGGCUACGAGGAGGUUUUGCAAAGGGCCCGUAAGCGCAUUCAGGAGCUUCUGGAAAAACAUAAGAAUACAGAAAGCAUGGUGGAGUUGCUGGAAUUAUAUCAAAUGGAAGAUGAUGCAUAUGGUAGUCUUGCUGAAGCCACCACAGAACUCUAUCAAUAUUUACUGCAGCCAUUCCGAGAUAUGAGGGAACUUGCUAUGCUCAGAAGACAGCAAAUAAAGAUUUCCAUAGAGAAUGAUUACCUAGGACCUAGAAGAAUUGAAAGCCUGCAAAAAGAAGAUGCAGACUGGCAACGGAAGGCUCAUAUGGCUGUAUUAUCUAUACAGGACCUAACAGUAAAGUACUUUGAAAUAACAGCAAAAGCACAAAAAGCUGUAUAUGAUCGUAUGCGAGCAGACCAGAAAAAGUUUGGUAAGGCAGCUUGGGCAGCAGCAGUGGAGCGAAUGGAAAAACUUCAGUAUGCAGUGUCUAAAGAUACUUUGCAAUUGAUGAGAGCAAAAGAAAUCUGUUUAGAACAGAAGAAACAUGCAUUAAAAGAAGAGAUGCAGAGCUUGCAAGGGGGCACAGAAGCUAUAGCUCAUUUGGAUGAACUUGAAACUGAUUACUAUGACCUGCAACUUCAAUUGUAUGAAGUGCAGUUUGAAAUUCUGAAGUGUGAAGAACUAUUACUGACAGCACAACUUGAAAGCAUUAAAAGACUUAUUUCAGAAAAAAGAGAUGAAGUAGUAUAUUAUGAUACUUAUGAAAGUAUGGAAGCCAUGCUUGAAAAAGAAGAUAUGGCAGCAUCCAUACAUUUGCAAAGAGAAGAGUUGCAGAAAUUACAACAGAAAGUCCGUCAACUAGAAGCAAGGCGUGGUCGCAUUUCUGCCAAAAAAGCCUACCUCAAAAAUAAAAAGGAAAUCUGCAUUGCAAAACAUAAUGAAAAAUUCUCACAGCAUUCUCAGAGUGAGGGAGACUCAGAACAUGCUGCAAAAUUUAAAAGAGAGCGGUUGCAAGAUGAGGUAGAAAGAAAAAACUCAUGGGUUAGUCAAGAACGACAGAAAACAUUGGAUAGACUUCGAACAUUUAAACAGCGCUAUCCUGGGCAGGUAAUUCUUAAAUCAACUAGACUUCGGCUGACUCAUGCAAGAAGAAAAAGUACAGCCACUUCAACAUCUUGUCUAGAUCAUUCCCCAUCUUCACCAGUAACUACACAGACAGAUAAUAUGGAGCAAGAAAAAGUAAUCCAGCCUUUCCAAAAACAGGAGUCUACAAGUUUAGGACAAUUUGAAGAUAUUUUUCUAUCUCAUAGUAGUGUUAUGUCUGAAUUUUCUCAAACUGAUUCUCUUCCAGCUCUCAUUAGUACUGAAUUUCAUUCCAAUACAAUCAGUGAGGCACCAUUUCCUCCUCCUCUACCACCGCCACCACCACCACCUCUGCCCACCAAGGAAGAAUCUACUCAGUGCUCUGAAAAAAGCACUAGUCCUGUUAAACAGAGCAAUGCAGAGAAGCCAGCUCCGUUGCUCACUAUUGCACCAUCGGCUCAUUUUUUUGAUAGCAGUGAAUUAGUCAGUGCCAAGAAAAAAUUGAAGAAAACUGGUGAUAUAGAGGGAUUGCAAAGAAGAAGAGUGAGUUCACCAAUGGAUGAGGUUUUGGCUUCCCUGAAACGUGGCAGCUUCCACCUGAGGAAGGUUGAACAGAGAAAUCUACCCCCAUUUCCUGAUGAAGAUGACAGCAAUAACAUCCUGGCACAGAUCAGAAAAGGCGUGAAACUGAAGAAGGUUCAAAAGGACAUAAUGAGAGAAUCAUUCACAAUUUUACCUGAUGAUGAUCCUUUAACUCGCAGCAUCCAUGAAGCACUACGACGGAUUAAGGAGGCAUCACCAGAGUCUGAAGAUGAGGAAGAGACUCUACCAUGCACAGACUGGGAAAAUUAAGGGUCUGAAGAUUCCAAUGAAUAAGAUAUUUCCUUCACUUCUGAACAUUCAUAAUCAACUGUUUGGUCACCACUUUAGGAGAAUUUUACUCUGAGAAAAUAUUUGAUAUGUGCAUGAAUACAUUUUUUAAAUUCAUAGUAGAAGAUUUCAGUUGGACCAAAAGCUGCGUUAUUUAAGUGCACAUUUUGCAUAAUUCUGAGGAGAAAGAACCUUUCAAAAUAUUUUCUGAUUCUUCACUUACUUUUUACAUACAGUAUGUGUGAAACAUGUCAGCAGCUUUUGCAGCCAAGCUUCUUCCCAGCAUAAUUUACUAGAGCAAGUAUGAAGACAUCAGUGUUGAAGAAAAAGUACUGCUACAUUGACAUUAAUUACUUGUUACACCAACGGGAAUUCAUUUCACAUAGGAGGUAGAUUUGAAAGGAAAAUGCAUUUUAACUACUAAUAAUUCAAACUAUAAGUUUGAAAGUGAGAAAUGAUUACAUGUUUAAUGGAAAAUGCUCUAAGAAUGAAAUUCAUGUAUUUAAAAAUUUGUUUACAAUCUACUGCAUUAUAAAAUGAUAUAUAGCAAAACUCUUAGAAGGCCAUGGAUACUGUAAUACACCUUAUAUUUUUAAAUUAGUGUUUGUUUGUUCUCUUAUGGUAACAUUUUAAUUGCAGGGCUGAGUUAUAAUAAAGUUAUACGUUUUAUUUAUAGAAGCAAUAUUUUAUAAUAAGAACACUUAAAAUUAUUUUUAUCUAUUUGUUUGACUGUUCUUUGAUUACUCUAUAAGGAACUUUUAUUUAAGGAGAAUGCAAGAUUGAAAUGAGAUUUUACUUCUAAGUUGUAAAAUUAUAAUCAUUUUCAUCCCCCUUCCAUUUUCAUUAUUCCCAUUCAUUGUCAUAAAUAUAUUUGAAUUAUGUAAUACCCUAGUUUAUUGUAAAUGAUUUCGUUUUAACCCCAGGAUAAUUGUCUAAAGGAGACCAAGCCUCCAAUACAAUGAAUACUUAAAGAAAUGUAUUCCUAAACAGCAUGACUAAUAGCUGCAGGCAGCUCAUUUUGUACUGUCAGAAUACUAAACAGUAUUCCUGCAUCAAGGCUAGUCUUGUCCUGUUAAAACUGAUCAAAACUCAAUUCUGGAGAAUUUUGAGUUUGGCCAGCUCCUUCUGUUAAAGUGUACUAAUAUGCUUGGAAAAGGAUAAGAUCCCUUUAUCUUAGGAAAAACUACGUUAAAAUUAUUUACUAUAUUAAUUUGUUGCCCUGUUCCAAGGAUAUUUUAUAAGGUUGCAUAUUGGUAGGAAUGCGUAUAGUAACUUUACUUACUUUAUGGAACAAGAGGUGGCCCUUUUUUCUUUUAACAAAUAGUUGUAAAAAAACAUAAAACGUUUAAAUAUGUUAUGAAUCUUAGCCCAAUACAACUGGUUCUUACAAUUCCCUUGUCUAUUAAUGACAAUAUUGGCUAUUUUAAAGUGAUGCCUGCUAUUCUAUACUUGGCAGGUGUAUUUCUUCAGAUGCUUAUUGCCUUAUAUAAUCUAAAAUAUUGACUUCUGAAGGAAAGCUUAAAAUAGUAUGAGUUCAGUUAACAUAAGAACACUAAACAGUUUGACAGAAAAAUAAUAUUGGUUAUAUUAGCAUCAGAUAUUUGUUUCAUUGAAAAAUUACAUACUGUAAUAUGUUAUUCAUAGUUGUAAUCCCAGAUAAUACAGGGUUAUGUGGCAAUAAUUCAUAAUUGCAAAAUGUAACUGUUAAAGUUUAGAAAACCCCAUAAUGUCCAUACUGCGCUGAUGGUUAGUUGUGUCCACAAUAAAUAUACUGCAUUUGAAUAUUUUCCCAUGGCCCAAAACAUGAACUUUUACAGUGAAAGUAAUAUGUGGAUAUCAUGCUAAACUUUUUGUAAUCAUUUGCAGCCGAAGUUUCAAGUGUCACUGGGCCUUUACUAAUCUAUUACCAAACAUUACCAGACAUUCUGUGCAAAGAUACAGAAAUCUUUGCAUUAUUUUGCAUCCACAGAUUUUGAAUUUAUGGGAGAAGUAUAUGAAGCUCUCAGGCUUUUAUAGUUAAGAGUUUUGCCUUGAAAAAUGCAUGAGUGUUUUUAAUAAUAGUUUAAUUAUUGCAAGAAUAUGAAAAUGGCGUGAGUCUAUAAAAUGGCUUGUUUGUAGGAACAUAUACACUGGCUGCUGUACAAUAGUUGAUCUCAUUUCUAGAGUUUUCCCUUUAGAGUACAAAUGUUCAUAAUCUGUUAGGAUGAGAAGACUGGUUCAGUUGUCAGUUAAGAGUACAGUAGCAGUAGUUUAUUGAUCAACACCAUGUGCUGUUAUCAUAGUCAAGUUUUCUGACUAGAAGUAAUUCUUAAGUUUGUUGCUUAAAGCCCAUUGUAUAUAAAAGUUGUGGCAGGCUAAGAAGUCAUAGUGCUCAGGUCUACACAUUUCUCAAAAUAAACCUAUAAAGUAUGUAGAAAAGCAUUUAAGAAAAGAUCUUAGUAAAUAUUGUUUGAAUAAUGAAUUCCAGUAUUUUAUUGUUGCAUGCUGCCAUGCAACUCUAUUUCUACUGCUAAUGAAUGACAAAUUUCAGUUAGUUUUUUUAAUCCAUAACUCAUAUAUCAGUAAAUUAUCUGCAUAUGUACAAAUAAAGCUGACAUUAAUAAGGGAUGGUAAAUGCCAAGUAAAGAGUAAUAUGAUUUGGAAAAUAUAUGAUAUUUAUAUCAUAAGGCCCAAGUCAUUUAAAUAUUUCCAUUUGAAAAUUUAUUUAAAAUGAAGGGGAACAGUACUACUCACAAAAUUGCUUUAUCUUCUAUACAAUGGUUAAAAGAGUUAUGUUCUUAUUAAUUGGUUGGGGUUUUAUGAUUAUUUACAUAUUCUGUAAUUUAGUACGUAUACCUUUGUUUCUAAUUUCAAUCUUUUCCUUACAGAACUCUUCAAAACUCUGCAACUUAUAUCUUAAAAAUUGUAAUCAUAGAAACAAGUUUAAUGGCACUAACUUGCAUCUUGCAGGGAUAUAGGAAGAAUAUGUAUUUCACCCUAAGAAGUCUUUGCUCUUGAGCUUCAUUUUAGGCAGUUAUUGCUUUUCAUAUUGGUUUUCAGUUAUUGGUUCAUUUUUGUAAUGGUGCCCUGUAGGAAACUUUCAUAAGUGUCAAUAUUUUAUUUUAUUUUAUUUUAUUUACACUGCCUUUAAAGAGUGAAUUGUAACUUAAAGUAUAUGGAUUUGUGAGCAUGAUGUAUUUUAAUUAUUAUGCUUUAUAAUCCUGGUACUGAAGGUAGUCAUAAUGAUCUCAAAAGUUGAAGCAGAAUGUGUAACAUUCCAAAGCCAUACUAGAGAAACUUCUUGCAGCAGUUAAAAGCACCUUAUUUUUACCGGUAAUAAUACCAAUCAAUCAACAGCAGUUUUCAUAGAAACACAUGGGAAGAAAUACUUGGAUUGAAUGUAGGCUUCUUGUCCAUCUAAUGAUAAUUGACACAAACUAACCCUUUGAUAUAGUCCUGGGCAGUCAGAUUUUCAUGUAUUUAGAAGUCAAAACUAUUCUUUGAUUGGCCAAGCUUCAGCAGAAAAAUACGCAUUUUUUCAGUUAUUACAUUAAUAGCUGGAAAAAAAUAAAGCACUAGUUUUUAUCCUAUAAUGUAGCUAAUGUUUUGAAUGAAACAAACAUGUCAGUUGCUGAAGAAAAUCUUACAUAAUUCAUGGAUUGGAGCUAUAUAGACAUUCCGCAUGUAAGUUUUGUAUAAUUAUUUCCUAAUAUUUUGCACAACCCUAUGUGUUGUUUAAGACAAUUAUGUGGGACUCCUAAAUAGCGCUUCAAAAAUAGAAGCAAAUAAAAGCCCAUUUUUAUUGGGCCCUUAAAAAUCUAGAAUGGCUUAUAAAUGCCUUGUACCAGAAAUUUAUUUUUCAAUUUUCACACUCUGAUUACAAGAAAAAAGCCAAAGGCCUAUUUCAGGAAAUUCUUUACCAUGGUCUUGUAUCUAAUUGAGAAAACAAUGCACUUUCCAACACUUAAGUGUAAAGGAAAUAGACUUGGUGGCAAACUGGUUCUACCUUCUUGAAUCAAAGAGAGGAAAUAAAAUUGAGUUUGGCCUGUUUGCUUCAUACUGAGACUCAACAAGGGCAGUCGUCAUUGGGCAACUAUGUGGUUGUAACUGGCAGUAACGAAUCUCCAAUACUUCACCAUAUUUUUUUUGAAGAAGUAAUGUGCCAAGGUGUAGUUUGAUCAUAGUGCACUACCUUACAAUUUAGUAUAUAAUUUGCUAUAUUAAGUUAGUAUGAUGUGUCUACAAGGAUAUUUCUUAUUAGCUAUAAUUCAUUUAUAGUCUAUUGGACAGUUUAUUUGACCUAGACCAAUUUCAGGAUCUUGGCCACAAUUGCUGAAAGUUUGUAUCAUAAUAUCCUCCUAUUUUGACAGAAUAAACACUAAAACUAGAAGCACUAAAACUAGACUUGAGUUUUUUAUAAGGAAAAACAUCAGAAAACCCUAUUUCUUGUGCUGUCAACUUAGGCCAUCAUCUUCCAAUAAAGAACACCCAAAGCCACCAAAUUUACUUUAGACGUGUAUUUUAUUUAAAUAAAUAACAUUAAAUUGUAAUUUGUGAAUUUAGCAGUGUCUAAUAAGAGAGACUGUUUUGUCACUGCCCCAAACAUCCAUUUCUAUACCUUCUUUCAUUUCUUGGGUCAGUAUGCUAACUGAUAGAAACAGUGAUUGGAUACUAAAUUCAUUUAAAAUAUCCCAGUAUAAUCUCUCUUCAAGAGGAAGCCUGAUCUUGUCUUGAAUACAGUAUAUAUGAACUAGAGCAUUGUAAUUGAAUGAACAGGCUCUUUGAGCAAUUUAGUAGUUUCAAAAAAUAUAUGCUAUUCUCAUCUCUUUUGAGAGAAUAUUCACUUCCUAAAUUUGGAAUUUUCUUCUGUCUCCUUUAUUGUAGCCCUUUUAUAUCCCUGCUGUCAUUUGGGGACUGUAUAACCCAAAGGGGAGCAGGAUAAUGAAAGCUAGUACUUAAUUGUGCUAUAUUGAUGCAAACUUUCAUGUGAGUUCCAAAUCAUGAAGGCAGUCCCUUUUAUGAAUGUGUUCUUAUACUGUUUAUUUUCCACUGUAAAACUAUGGUAGUGAGACAAGCAGUUUUGUGUUGAUUGGCUAUUGCUCAUUUAUACAUUUAUUUGUCAUAUCAACUGCAAAUUUUAAUACGUAUGAUUUUAUUCUGUAAAAUUUAUACAUUGCCUCUCAUAUCACUUUAGAAGCAGAAGAUUAUUUCCCCAUUCUAAUUUGUCUCUUAUUUCCUUCCUUUAUUGGUAAAGAUAUCUUAUAUAGAAGUUAUCAUUUUCCAUGCUGAGUCAAGCAUGCACAAAUAUUUUCCCCAACAUCAGUCCUAGUUUGUCUAUUUUAGGUUACAUGUGUGAGUGCCAUGCUUUCAAUAUAGGUAAAAUGAUAAUAAAAUAGAGAGGCAGCUAAGAUAAAGUCUUUGUUCCUGAGGUGCUAGUUUGGCUGUGGGUUUUCUCCCCCAAACUCUAGAAUUUUGCUAAAACUUUGCAGAAAGAAUAAUAAAAUCUUGUUUGCCUAUAAUCAUGCUUUACGAAUUACCAUUAUACAUCAUAGAUGAAAAUUCUCAGACAUCCAGGUAAAGUUGUAUGCAGUCAUGGGAAUUGGACUUUUUUUUUUGUUUGAAACGUUUUGCUGCUUAUCCAAGUAGUUUCUUCAGUCUCACCAUGUUUUUAGGUGGAUCUCAUAUGUCCUUCAGUGUGGUUUCAUUUCUGAAUAGGCUGAUUAGGUGAGUAGGCAGAGAAUUGUUAAGAGACCUUACUCUUAAAUUUUUCUCUUAAGUGUGUCCCAACUUGCUCAGUUUGAAGAGACUUCUUCAAUAAGCAGGGAAAUUUUUCAAACAAAAAAAUGAAAAGUCCACUUGCCAUGAGACAACUUCCAGAUAUCAUGCAUCGUGUGUUCUUGAAAGUAAACCUAAAGAGGGCAUUUUGAGAAAAAGGAUUUGGUCAUUCCAGGUUUUUUUAAAGGGUAAAAAUAGCCACAAGGAUCUCCAGAUAAAAUUGUCUCAUACAUUUCUCCCUAUCCUAUCAUUCUAUUCUCCUGAUUUAAAUUUUCUUCCUGCUAUACUUUCCUCCAGGAAAAAUAGUACAGAUUUCUGAAUGCUUUUUUCUCUUUCUAGUCAAACAACAGAUGGGUGAAUGGUUGAUAAAUUGAGUAUGUGGAAUUUAUUCCUUAUCUAAUAUCAUCUAUAGCCUUUGCUUAUCCCUAAUUAAAAGUACCAGUGAUGUCAGAAUGGGUUUCCCAAUAACACAUUUUACUUCUUAUAUUUGUGUUUUUCUAUUUAAUUAUCAAUUGUUUUGAGUUGCCAAUGUCACAGCUGUGUUAAUAUUUUACUGAAAUGCAAAAGGCUGCCAACAAAAUUGCAUAGGUAAGUACAAGAAAAUAUUCAUAGUACAUUUCAUUUUUAAGCUAAAAUAAAAAUUACUAUUCAUUGAUUUAGUCAAAGUAAAAUUUAAAUCACAUUGCUGCAGUACUUAACACAGCUGUAUUUAAUGGAUACUAUUAAUGAACAUUUCUAAAAAAGCAUACUCCCGCACACCUUUGCAAUACCUUUAUAAUGCUCAGUGUUCUAAAGUAUUAAACAAGAUACAUAAACUAAUUGAGCAUUCUUAGCAAUAUUUUGAAAUUUUAAAGUUUAAUCUAAUUCUUUUUGCUUAUUUUUCUUUAGUGUAGUCUUUCAGUAAUUUUGUUGUAUUGCUUUGUACUUCAUGUUUUCUACUAUCAUGGCUUCAAAAUUCAAACCUGUACCGAAAAUCCUGAAUGACUGUCUCUUAACAUGCAAUGUAACAACAUACUUCAAGUUUUGGUGCUUAAAAGUUGCUCCUUCAUUUCCUUAAAUAAAAUAUAUUUAUUUGAA